AUGGCAUCCCUUUCUCCGGCAGUAGCAUCUUUUCUGUCCUGGAGUGUUUUCGUGCUUUUUGCACAUAAUGUAAAUGCCGAAAACAGAAUCACCUCCUCCAUAUGGAGGGGCCACCGUUCUCCAAUUUCACAGCCCAAGCAUCACAGGCCACGUUUCAGUCCUGGCCCUUGGAAAAGCGCUCAUGCUACUUUCUAUGGAGGCGCUGAUGGCUCAGGAACAAUGGGAGGAGCGUGUGGUUAUGGGGAUCUCAAACAAGAAGGUUACGGCUUGGAGACAGCUGCAUUGAGCCAAGCUUUGUUCAACAAUGGCCAAACAUGCGGGGCCUGUUACGAAAUAAAAUGUGUCAACGACAACCAGUGGUGUAAACCUGGGCAGCCUUCGCUCUUUGUUACCGCUACCAAUAAUUGCCCACCAAAUUAUGCCUUAUCCAGCGAUAACGGAGGAUGGUGCAACCCACCGCGCGAGCAUUUUGAUCUGGCACAGCCGGCGUUUCUUCAGAUUGCUGAAUACCAAGCGGGCAUUGUCCCUGUUCAAUAUCGGAGGGUUCCGUGCGCUAAGAAGGGGGGAAUUCGAUUCACGAUUACAGGGAAUCCUUACUUCACCCUUGUUUUGGUAUGGAAUGUUGGAGGAGCUGGAGAUGUUACGAGCGUACAGGUGAAGGGCGACAACAAUGUAAAAUGGACUCCAAUGCAGCGAAAUUGGGGUCAGAAAUGGCAAAAUUGGCAAUUCGGUCAAACAUUCGAAGGCAAGAACUUCAGGUAG